AUGGAUUCCAUGGAAUGCUUGGUAGCAUUGACUACACAUUGGAAUUUGAGGAAUUGUCCAACGGAAUUAAGAGGCCAAUACAUGAGGGGUGACCAUCAGUAUCCAACAAUGGUAUUAGAAGCGGUGAUGUCACAAGAUUUAUGGUUUUGGCAUGCAUUUUAUGGUGUAGUUGGUUCGAACAAUGAUUUAAACGUCAUCUACCAAUCACCACUUUCUGAUGAGAAAUAUCAUGGAACAGGACCCGAUUGUUUAUUUUAUCUAAAUGACGAACACUACAAACAUAGUUACUGUCUUGCAGGUGGAAUAUAUUCAUCAUGGAUUGUAUUUGUGAAGGCAUAUACAUAUCCAAUAACCAGCAAAAAGAAACGGUUCAAAGCGGCACAAGAAUCAACAAUAAAAUAUACAUAA